AUGGAGGAGGUGGACCUCGAGGAAGCCGUACGCAUCGAAAUAUGGGGGAAUCCGCAAGACGACAUGCAGAGGAUCCUCUUGGAGCGCGAUCGCACCCCCGAGGCAGUCUUAAAGCUGCUGGGACGGCGGCGAAAGACAUUCCUCCACGAACAGGACGCUAUUUUCCUCAAGGUCGUCGACCCUGCCACCAAGGGGAUCAUGGCCCGGGCAACGUGGCAUUACUGCCCUGCCCUGAGCGAGGAGGAGGUUGCGAAUGGGCCUGCCGCCUUCGAGUGGCCUCUACCACAGCGGUACAGCCCUCUGCAAAAGUACCGUUACGAGGUGAUGCAAGGGCGGCCGCACUACCCUAGCCUGCUGCUGCGAUGGGGUAUAGAUAAAGCCGAUGAACGUGGUGUUGAGAUAUAUCUUGAGUCUAGCCUGGCAGGGAGGCCGCUGUACGAGAAGUUUGGGCUGCGCACUCUCAAGGUCUUUGACUUUGACAUGGCUCAGCUGGGCUACGAAGGCAUAGAUACACAUACAUGCAUGCUGAAGCCCGUAAAAGAACAAGACAGGUAG